CUUUUAGUUGACCGUACUAGAGACGGACCAACGGGAGAAACAAAUCCGACUGUCACAGACUCUCAACGAUAAGGGAUUAAAAACGACGCCGUCGCUGAAAUACUUUACAAAUAUUUAUCCGGCAGCUUCUCUGCGUUCGCAUUUAAUAUCUUUCACACGGAUCUACGGCGCUCGUCGUGUCUGGCGUUACGCUAUAGACAACAAUAACAAUGGCUUCUGGGUCGCCGUCCUCCUCCCCGGACACUGCGACGGGCUCAGGUACAGACCCAGCCCGCCCCGAUACAGGGGAGCCCCUCGGCGGAGCAGGUUCAGACUCUGAUUCGGACCUGGGCUUGGGAAAAUUUGACUGCAGCGCCAUGGAAAUGGGGGACCGGCUGGAGGGAGAGGAGCUGGAGAGGGAGUUUGAUUCGGCAGCCGACCGCGUACGCGAUCUGAUUCAGACGGCCAGCAGGGACCAGCUGCUGUACCUGUACGCUCGCUACAAACAGGUCAAAGUAGGAAAGUGCAAUACUCCGAAGCCUGGAUUCUUUGACUUUGAAGGACAGAGAAAAUGGCAAGCCUGGAAGCAGCUUGGAGACAUGGAUGCGGAGCAGGCAAUGCAGGAGUACAUUUCCUGUGUCAACGUGUUAGACCCUGAAGGCAGCACCAAGGAAAGACAAGGAGCAGAAAGGAGAACAGGCUUCGGAGGAGCAGCAGUCAGCUCUCUAUACCAGGAGGAGAUGAUCAGGGAAGAGGAUAAGAACAUCUUUGACUACUGCAGAGAAAACAACAUCGACCACAUCAGCAAGGCCAUCAGCUCCCAGAAAGUGGAUAUCAAUACUAAAGACGAAGAGGGCCGGGCUCUCCUGCACUGGGCUUGUGACAGAGGACACAAGGAGCUGGUGUCUGUAUUACUGCAGCACAAAGCAGACAUCAACAGUCAGGAUAAUGAAGGACAGACAGCGCUACAUUAUGCAUCUGCGUGUGAGUUUGCCGACAUUGUGGAACUUCUGCUGAACUCUGGAGCAGACCCGUUCAUCAAGGACAUGGAGGGCUCUCUCCCUGAGGAGGUCACUGAAUCCAGCGCCAUCUCCACUCUCCUACGCCAGUACACUGCUCCGAAAGGCUAGAUCACCUUUACCUACCCGCCACCCCUGUCCUAGUCUCAUACCCGCUCCACUCAGUCACCCAGCCUGCCCACCAUCCUUCCUUCCUUCAACCCUGAAGUUUUAUUUGAUUUUAUUUCCAAAUACUUGUAGUGAGUUUGAUUUCAUUGGCCUAGCUUCAUGGAAGGGUGUAAACACUAGCCCUCCCAUUUGAUAAGACACAUGAAAUGAAACCCAUUGCAUGUCUUUUCAUCCAUCAAAAUACUGCAUAUUGACUGUAUCUGCCCAGUAGGUUUGGGUGAUAUUAUGAUUACUGUGAAAUGAUAGAGAUCUGUCAGCUGGUAGAGAUUUUGCUAUACUGACAUAGCUAUACCUUUAAUUAUCUUUUGUGCUGUAAGACCUUUUUCAGGACUGCUUAUUGGCAAUAUUAGGUUGAUAGGAUUUGUACAUCAAUGUGAUGAAGUAUCUGAUUUUGUCAGGUAUUUAAGUCACUGGAGGAACCAAAAACAGACAUUCCCAUCCACUUAUUUUAUCCAUGAUCAGUAUAAAAUUCCAAGAAAUUCAUGAUAUCACAAUACUUAUCGCAAUAUAAAAUGAUGUAUACUGUAAAAGAAGAUACAUAUCACCCACUCCUGCUGACCAGGCCUGAUGACCAGCCGGGUCUUUUAGUCUUGGUCAACCCUCUCUGAUGGUUUACAUUAGUGCAGGUUUGUUCACGGUUCAGUUGUGUUACAUUCUAAGGAAUGCUUUAAGCAUUUGACAUAUAUCAUCAUUAAAGUCAUCUACA